AGCGGGAGAUAGAGAGAUACCAGGAGUGUGAUGGUUUGCACUCCUAUCCAGACAGUUAUGCAGGGAGGGAGCGCAACAGAGAGUUGGUGAGACACAAACUGUCCAUAUGGAUGGAUAAAAAUUAAAAGAAGGAUAAAGGGAGAAGAAGAUUCCAACAUCCCGGUCAGGACUAAUCUCUAUGGACUUUUUUUUUUUUCUCUGUCUGGGACUCCGGAGGGAAAGAACAUCUGUCAGUUGUGUGACCCUUGUUUGUUUAUCAAUAUUGAAUUCCAAUUCUUGGAUUACUGCUGGAAGGAGCAGAAGAUAACCAGCAGUUCGAGCUAGAUUGUUGCAGAGCAGCAAGAAGAGGGGACAGCGUGGUGUAGGGACCAGCUCUGAAGCAUCUGUGUUUACCCUGCAUGGUGAGCUCCGCUGUGUCUUGAUGGGGCACUCGACUUAUUGCUUUAAUUUACAGCACUAAGCAGAGCAGAAUGUGACAGCAAAGAAAACUCAAUGCGAACAUCUCCACCACAACAAAUGCAUGGGAUUGGAAACCAGUCACUGUGAGAGAAAUAUGAGGCGUUGAAGGACAGUGAGAUAUUAUAUGCAGCUACCUAAAGUCCAAUUCUUGUCUGGGAUCUUUUUGCAAAUCUAGGCUCUAUGUCUGAUCAACUCAGCCCCACUGUCUCAUGAGAAUGACCUUCUACUGAAUUGCUGGAUCAACCCCCCCCCCCCCCUCUGUGCACAUAUACAAACGGGUGAUCACAAAUGUCUCACUGAUCACACAUGUCAUGGUGAUUGGUCUCACAUGCUCCCUAAUAAUCUGCUCUACUCAUGCCAUCUCCAGUGAUUGAGGGUUCAGCAUGUCGAAGGACAAACUGGAGACCUGUGCUGGAUUUACAUGCCAAUGGCAGCUGGAGCCAGGCGUACAGACACUAAUUAAAAAGGUGAAAAGUGAAGGUCUGUUCCAUUAGUGCUCCGAGGGAGCAUGGGCCUGGAUGCUGCCCGGACACGCUGACCUCUCCUACAGAUUCUGGACAUUACCAUGGUGUACACUGAGGACUCUACAUGGCCGACUGACAAACUCCGCCUGUUGGAGUACAAGCUAAUGGAUGUAACUGUUUUUCUGUAUUUACAGAUCUGACUACUAUCUUUUCACUGGGGACAAAAAAAAGCAAAAAGCACGGAUUUGGAUCAUCGUAUGAGCAGUACAUUCCAGCCCUGCGCUGGGGAAAGAGUCUGUGUUUCUUUGUUUUCUUGGUUGGCUGUGUCUCUCCUGCCUGGGAAUAUCAUGAGAUUAUAAACAGGAGGUGGCUCCGACAUCUUAUCCCUGUUCCACUCAUCCAUCAGAGCUCACGCCACCACCAAAGCAAACGGACCGGAGAUCUGAAAAAAAGCCUGCAGAGGACAUUAGGCCGUAUUCUCUGAAAUACACUGGGUGCAGGUGGCUGAUUCCUUAGCUUUCUUACAUUUGAGGUCAGGAAGAAAAAGCUGGAAGCCCAUAGACAGUCUCUGGCGAGACUGACAGGUGUUUUUCUGUCUGUCAGCCUUUCUGGGAGGGACUAGCAGUGAAAAGAAAAGCCUUGCUGGAGGGCUCUGCUGGAGCGGAAACACUUCCACUGGCUAUCUUUGGACGUGAUGCUCAUCUCUGUGGAUGCAACAUGGACUCUAUGGCCUGAUUACACAGCCCUGAUAUUCAGAUAGUGCUGGAGGGAAGGGAUAAUGCAUAUCCUCUCCUGCCCUGAACAAGAAGCCAACAUGAGCAACGUCACGGUCACCGACAACACUGAGCCCAUCAGCCGCACCAUGAGUCCGGUAACCCCCGGCCCCCAUCCCUACCCUGUUAGUUUCCAGGUCUCCCUGACUGGCUUCCUCAUGUUGGAAAUCCUCCUGGGCCUGAGCUCUAACCUCACUGUGCUUGCCCUUUACUGUAUGAAGUCGAACCUCAUUAGUUCUGUCAGUAACAUCGUCACUAUGAACCUCCAUGUGUUGGAUGUGCUGAUUUGUGUGUGCUGCAUCCCUCUCACCAUAGUGGUGGUGCUGCUCUCCCUGGAGGGGGACACUGCACUCGUCUGCUGCUUCCAUGAAGCGUGCGUCUCCUUCGCCAGUGUCGCCACUGCUGCUAAUGUGCUUGCCAUCACCCUUGAUCGCUACGACAUCUCAGUCAAACCAGCCAACAGAGUGCUGACAAUGGGCCGUGCCCUGACUCUGCUGGCUGCCAUUUGGGUGCUCUCCUUUGUUAGUUUCCUCGUACCCUUUAUUGAAGUGGGCUUCUUCGCCCAUGGCCAAGCUGAUCUGAACCAGACAGUGGUGGACAAUGUGGUCCACACUAACCAGUACUACACAGAACUUGGCCUCUAUUACCACCUGCUUGCUCAGAUUCCUAUUUUCUUCCUUACUGUCGUUGUCAUGCUCAUCACCUACUCGAAGAUCCUGCAGGCACUCAAUAUUCGCAUUGGCACACGUUUCCACGCUUCACAGAAGAAGAAGGCUCGCAGGAAAAAGCGUCCGUCCAUGACAGCCAUGACAACACAGCAAGAGGCCACAGACGCAUCUCAGAGCAGUGGCAGCCGCAACCCCACACUUGGUAUGCGUACCUCUGUCUCUGUCAUCAUCGCCUUGCGAAGGGCUGUUAAGCGCCACAGAGAAAGGCGAGAGCGCCAAAAGCGGGUUUUCAGGAUGUCCCUCCUGAUUGUGUCUACCUUCCUGCUGUGCUGGACGCCCAUCACAAUACUCAACACAGUCAUCCUGAGUGUGGGCCCCAGUGACCUAAUGGUCAAGUUGAGACUGGGCUUCCUGGUCAUGGCUUAUGGGACUACUAUCUUUCACCCACUACUCUAUGCCUUCACUAGGCAGAAGUUCCAGAAAGUUUUGAAAAGCAAGAUGAAGAAGCGAGUGGUGUCAAUCAUUGAGGCAGAUCCCACCCCUAAUAAUGCCAUUAUCCACAACUCCUGGAUCGACCCAAAGAAGAACAAAAAGGUGACAUUUGAGGACAAAGAUGCCCGAAAGAAAUGUCUGUCUUCUGAGGAUGUGGAGUGAAGCAACUUGUUAUCUUUAGGGUAAACAGUCAAUACAAGCAGCUAAAACUGGCAUCAGAUCAUGAUGAAAAAGGGAAAAUGUUAACCCAAAGCAGUAAUGUAAAUAAUAUGUGUAAUAGAAUGUACAAAAACAAGAGGUGGAUAAUUUAUUACUAUUUAUUGAGAACAAAAGUAGGUUUCAUAGAUAUACCAUAUACUAUACUGUAGAUAUUGCAUGGCUUUUUGUAACGGUAGCAACAUACAGUGCAUUGUGUACAUACAUAAUACAUAGGGUACAGCAUAGGGUAAACAAGGUAUAUAAAUAGAGAGAGAGAGAAAUAGGAAUUAUUAUGUAUAUGUAUAUUUAUAAUAAAUUUCGUGUUCACUCACCUAACGCAGCAAAAAGAUUCCUAUUGUCCCCUUCCCCCAAGUAAAGUGUUUGUGAUUAUGUAACAACUGUGAGAUUACUCUCAUCCAUCACCAUGCCACUUGCUCCCACACCAGACCUGCAAUUCUCCGUGACCACUGACCUUAUUGCCUGGGAGCCCUCUGAGAGAAGACAGACGGGUCAAACAUGGAGAAACAGGAAAGGAAGUAGCAAAAGUAGUGUGUGUGUGUGUUAUGUUGCUAUAGCCGAAAGGCUAUGGGGGUACUGUUCACAAUCACUGCUUUUAGAGUUAAAGAAGGACACUUGCAUUCCACAGACACAACAGAAGACCAUGGUUCUCAUCACCUGGUUUGACAUAAACCAGAUGUAAUCAAAGCUUAGUCUGUUUCACUUUAACAGUCACGUCUUUGAGCCAAAUGGAAAAUCUACAGUUGCCUUAUUUUGGUUUGAGGAAUUAAGCAUAACUUUAUGGUGGGACAGGGACAGCCAGAGCACAUAUUUUACACAAUGAAUAAAUAAUAACAAAUAAUGUUUUGAUUCUCAAAGUGAAUAGAAUCCUCAGAUGUUAUGUUUUCACAAAGAAGUUAUUUAAUCAAACUAAAGGAAAAUGUUGAAAAUGGAUGUAUUAUCAAAUUGUCUGUUUUUAAUAACACUAGCCUAACAACAAUGCUCUCCAAAUAAGCAAAUCCAUAACUGCAAUAAAG